AUGCUGCCCACUGCGAGGGCUGCGGCAUUGUCCGCUGCCCGGACGACGAGAUUACUCCCGAAUCGACUCUUCCGGGCCCAAUUGGUACCGCGUCGCGCCGUUGCGCCCAUCACCACGUCCCGUGCGCUCCGCAACGCCGAGGCCUUCCACUCCCAGCUCGAGCAGGCGCGCGGCUCAGCUCCUCUCUCCGCCAACGUGUCCGACACCCCGCAAACCCUCACCGAGAAGAUUGUACAGCAGUAUUCGGUCGGCCUCGCCCCGGGCAAGAAGGUCCGUGCCGGGGACUAUGUCACGCUGUCGCCACACCACUGCAUGACCCACGACAAUACGUUCCCGGUCAAGAAGAAGUUCCUUUCGUUGAACGCCGACAAGGUGUAUGAUAACCGCCAGGUGGUCUUCACCUUGGACCACGAUGUUCAAAAUAAGUCGGAAGCCAACCUGGCCAAGUACAAGAGCAUCGAAGAGUUCGCCGAGAAGCAGGGGGUCGACUUCUACCCGGCAGGCCGGGGCAUCGGCCAUCAGAUCAUGGUCGAGGAAGGCUACGCCUGGCCCGGCACCGUCGUGGUCGCUUCGGACAGCCACUCAAACAUGUACGGUGGCGUAGGAUGUUUGGGCACACCAGUGGUCAGAACGGAUGCUGCGUCAAUAUGGGCGACCUCCAAGACCUGGUGGCAGGUCCCGCCCAUUGCCAGAGUGAACCUCGUCGGCGUCAUGCCCCCUGGUGUCACUGGCAAGGACGUCAUCGUUGCUCUGUGUGGCCUCUUCAACCAGGACGACGUCCUCAACCACGCCAUUGAGUUCACCGGCUCCGAGGAGACGAUGCGCUCCAUCCCCGUCGAUGACCGCCUGACAAUCGCCAACAUGACCACCGAGUUCGGUGCUCUGUCAGGGCUCUUCCCCAUCGACUCCGUCCUGGUAUCGUGGCUGCGGGCCAAGGCCACCACUUCAGCUAUGCUCAACCCGGAACGCGGCGGGAAGGCCAAGUUCACGCACGAGCGUAUCGACGACCUUCUCCAGAAUCAACUGCGCGCCGACCCUGGCGCCACCUACGCCAAGACCAUUUACAUCAACCUCUCUACCCUCUCGCCCUUCGUCUCCGGCCCCAACUCGGUCAAGGUGGCCACGCCCCUGCGCGACCUUGAGGCGCAAACAAUCCCCGUCAACAAGGCAUACCUGGUGUCCUGCACCAACUCGCGCUCGUCAGAUAUCGCCGCCGCCGCCCGCGUCUUCCGCGAGGCUGCCAAGGGUGGCCCCACUCCCAAGAUCGCCGAAGGCGUCGAGUUCUACAUGGCCGCCGCGUCUCUGCCCGAGCAGCGCGCCGCCGAGGAGGCCGGCGACUGGCAGGUCAUGCUCGAGGCCGGCGCGAAGCUGCUCCCUAGCGGCUGCGGGCCUUGUAUAGGGCUCGGGGCCGGCCUCCUGGAGCCCGGCGAGGUCGGCAUCAGUGCCAGUAACCGAAAUUUUAAGGGCCGGAUGGGCUCCACGGAGGCCAAGGCCUACCUCGCUAGCCCGGAGGUCGUCGCCGCCAGCGCCCUCAAGGGCCAUAUUGCGGGCCCUGGCUGGUACCAGAAGCCCGAGGGAGUUGAAAAGGUCAUCAUCGGCGAAGGCACCGGCGACGUUGAAGCAGACAAGGCGGUUAGCAUCGAGGACGCGCUGGACAAGAUCAUCGCCGAGGCCGAGAGCCUCAUCUCCGGGGCCGAAAAGGACUUCACCGGGUCCGAAACCGCCGCCCCCGUAUCCGAAUCCGCCUCCGCCCCCACCACCGACGCCUCGGACGAAACGCUGACCGACAUCCUGCCCGGCUUCCCGGAGAAGAUUGAGGGCGAGAUCGUCUUCUGCGACGCCGACAAUAUCAACACCGAUGGCAUCUACCCGGGCAAGUACACAUACCAGGACAAUGUAUCGACGGAGAAGAUGGCCGAGGUGUGCAUGGAAAACUACGACCUCGAGUUCCGCAACAUUGCCCGCCCCGGCGACAUCCUCGUCACGGGCUUCAACUUUGGCUGCGGCUCGUCGCGCGAGCAGGCCGCCACCGCCAUCCUCGCCAAGAAGAUCCCCCUCGUCGUCGCCGGCAGCUUCGGCAACAUCUUUUCCCGCAACAGCAUCAACAACGCCCUCAUGGGCGUCGAGGUGCCCAAGCUGACGCAGCGCCUGCGCGAGGCCUUUAAGCCUGCCGCCGCCGCUACUACUGACGGUGCCGCCGCUACCGCCCCGCAGCAGCUGACGCGCCGCACCGGCUGGAAGCUCCUGUGGGACGUGCGCAGGAGCAAGGUCGUCGUCACGGAAAAGGACGGCCAGACCUGGAGCCAAAAGGUCGGCGAGCUGCCCCCCAACGUCCAGGAGAUCAUCGCCCGCGGCGGCCUGGAGAAGUGGGUCAGGGCCGAGAUUGGAAAGUAG